AUGGAUAUAUCAUUCUUGGCGGGAGUUUCUCGGCAAGAUUCACCUGAGGAAAGACGCCCUUCUGAUAAUGGCUCUACGUUUCCCCCGGCGCCACGGGGAACCCAAUUGUCUCGCGAACUUGAAGACUAUCCAACGUAUCUUGAAUAUGGCCGGUGGUACCACGGCUAUCGUCGAGGACAGUACAUGUUUCCCUGCGAUGAACCGGAACAAGACCGAUUAGACUUAUUUCACAAGAUGUUAUGCGUCGCGAGGAACGGCAAUCUGCACGUUGCUCCCAUCAACCGCCCAAACAAGGAAGCGUCAGGAGACCCAGGUCCCCGGAUUCUCGAUCUCGGAUGCGGGACAGGCAUCUGGGCAAUGGACAUGGCAAGGCAAUAUCCUGAUGCAGACGUGUAUGGGGUUGAUCUGGCGCCGAUACAACCCUCCAAUCCGCCGUUGAACUGUGCCUUUUAUUCACCUAGAGAUUACGAGAGUCAAUGGCUGCUAGGGGAAGAAUCAUUCGAUUUCAUUCAUCUCCAAAUGGGUUGUGGGAGCGUCACCGACUGGAGAACGGUCUAUCAUCGGGUAAUAGAACAUCUCAGACCAGGGGCAUAUUUUGAGCAGGUGGAAAUCGAUUUCGAAGCUCGAUCAGACGGUUACACGCUUGGACCUAGUCACCCACUCUCUGUGUGGUAUAGACUCUUGAAAGAGGCCACAGAUACUGGGAGGAGGCCGAUUGCUUUUGACCGAAGGACGAUCCCACGGUUGGAAAAUGCCGGGUUCGUUGACAUAACCCACAGUGCAAUACCAUUACCGCUGAGCAUGUGGGGAACAGACCGCCAUUCCAUGGAACUCGGGAAAUGGUACAGCCUCGCCUUUUCUGAGAGUGCGUUGGCACUUCUCUGGGCGCCUCUGGCCCGAAUGAAGAACAUGCCGUUCGACGAAAUUAACAGACUGGCCGAACAAGCAAAAGCGGAGGCAUACAAAAAGGACUUAAGGGGAUACAAUGUCUUGCAUAUCUUCACAGCAAGAAAACCAACGUAUUUCUCUCCAUAG